AUGGCGUCUGGCGGGAAGGUUGAUAUUUCUCAGCUUCGAAACCUCGUUCGUCAAUAUAUCGACCUACAUCUGUAUAAAACAGCAUUAUUUUGGGCAGAUAAAGCCGUUUCCUUAUCUAAUGGAAACAUACAAGACGUCUACUGGUUCGCCCAAACACUGUUUUUGACUGGCCAGUUCCAAAGAGCCGCUCAUUCCUUGAGGAGCAGAGGAGUUGUACAGACGAACUUGGCCUGUCGUUAUCUGGCUGCAAAAUGUCAUGCUGAGCUGAAGCAGUGGCAAGAAGCGUUAGAGAUCCUAGAAACGGAGCAAAAAGAGUCGGGGGAUAAAGAACUUCCGACAGAGUUGAGCUUUGUUGGAGGAACAAAAAAACUGGAAAGUGCUGUUUUCUUGCUAAAAGGCACGGUUUAUGAAGCAAUGGAUAACCGAAGUUUGGCUACAGAGUCUUAUAAAGACGCUCUAAGAAGUGACGUGCAUUGCUUUGAAGCGUUUGAUCUCCUUGUUUCACAUCACAUGCUAACUGAAAAGGAAGAAAGAUCGCUUUUGAGUUCUCUUCCCUUCUCAGAACAGUGCAUGCCUGAAGAAGUUGACCUCCUAAAAUUCUUAUAUGAGAGCAAAACAAAGAAGUAUAACAAGCCAAUUGAUCCCAAGCUUCCAUCUGGCCUGGAAAGUCUGAAUGACAACCUCGACAUAGUCACUGCAAUGGCAGAGCGGCACUUUUACAACUACAGUUACAGUCUUUCAUUCAAGAUGACCUCUGCCGUCCUCCGUUCAGAUCCUUAUCACGAGGCCUGCUUACCCAUUCAUAUUACAUGCCUGGUGGAGUUGAAGAAAACGAAUGAGCUGUUCUUCCUAGGACACAAACUGGUCGACAACUAUCCACAGAGGGCAGUAGCUUGGUAUGCCGUGGGCUGCUAUUACUAUGUCAUUGAAAAAUACGAACAGGCACGCAGGUAUUUUAGCAAAGCUACAAGUCUGGAACGGGUUUAUGGCCCAGCAUGGCUUGCAUUCGGUCAUUCUUUUGCUGCGGAAGGUGAGCAUGACCAGGCAAUGGCAGCAUACUUCAUUGCCUCUAAGUUGAUGCCUCGAUGUCAUCUGCCACUUCUGUACAUUGGCCUUGAGUAUGGCAAGACCAAUAAUGCUAAGCUGGCUGAGAGGUUCUUUCUGCAGGCUUUAGCUCUUUCACCAGAUGAUCCAUUUGUUAAACAGGAAAUGGGAGUGAUUGCUUUCCAAAACGGAGAUUAUGUUGCUGCUGAGAAGUAUUUCAAAGAAGCUCUCCAGAAAGCACAGGGUAACAGUGGAGAAGCCCUGGCAGAAACCUGGGAAACUUUGCUCAAUAACCUGGGCCAUGUUUGCCGCAAACUGGAGCGAUACCAAGAAGCUUUGCGGUAUCAUAAACAGGCUCUCAUUUUAGUUCCAAACAAAGCAUCCACCUACUCUGCUAUAGGAUUUGUUUAUAGUCUUCUGGGAAAUCAUCAUGAAGCUAUCGGCUACUUUCACAAGGCAGUUGGCAUUCAGCGAGAGGACACUUUUAGUGUUCACAUGCUUGGUGAAACUCUUGAACAGCUUACAUUAGAGGCUGCACGUGUAGAAGUGAAACAGGAUAAUGAUGUGAGCAUGGAAAUGGAUGAGAAGUCAGGUGAAGAAAGUGACUAA